AUGAGCGAAUCAGAUAUCUUGAAGGACUUUAAGGGUUCAAUGACCUUGGAUUUCGAAGCCAAUAUACUCUCUAGCGCUGGUGUAUUGCAAUCAGAGAAGAAGGAGUUUGCCAAGACCAUCCUAUCAAUGCUGCAAGAUAUCAAUAUCAUCACAUCUUCAAACAAGCAGGACUUCAAGAGAUUGUCACUUAUAUACUCGGAUCAAACCUACGUAGUGUCCAUUGCAAACAACAAGGUGUUUGUUGUUGUACAGUAA